AAAUAAUGGAACAUAUGAACUCUCUUCAGGAGGAAGAGAAGAAAUCAGAACUUGAGCUUCCUCAGAACUUAUCAAAUGAAGAAAUUAAUGAUCCUGCUCAUGCUCCCCAACUUGCUACAACCGUUAUAGUAGAAACCCCAAAAGAGCCAUCGCCGUUGACGAGGUACAUUCUAGGCUACUUUAUAUUUUCUGGUAUUUCCUUUUGGAUAACUCUGAUCAUCCUUAUGGUUCCUGCAGUAGAUACUCAAUGGAAUUGGUACAAAGAUGUGUAUGAGAGGAGGAAUUACUCAUCAACACAUUUCAGUUUUGCUAAACUGCUGUUUUGGAUGGCUCUUUGUAUAAUUGGGUUCACAUACAUUCCUUUAAUCACUUUAAAAUAAUAAAGAGAGAAGGAACCCCUUUGUAGGCAGAAAUGGGAACUAUAGGGACAUAAUUAUGCUAGUCUGUAUCUCACCAAUAGCCUACUUCUGUGCUCCAAUAAUCUUUAUCAGAGACAGAUUUGACAUGGAAAAAGACUGAAAUGAGGCUCAGUAUUUAGUCGAAGGAAAAAGGCUUCAUGAAGAGACUGUAAACAACGCUUUCACUUUUGAUUGGGGAGACCGUUUCGCAGAACUCCCUGGAAGUAUAUUCAAGUCCUUAGACGGAGAAUAUCAUUGACAUGCCUAUGAUGUGUGGGAAGUUCUAUGGUACAACUAUUUUAUCGUCAUUUUCUACUUCAUUGGUCUCAACUAUACUCAUCUGGGUAAGAUUCCAGUGCCUCACCUUUCACUAACGGCUGAGAAGAUCAAGAAAUGGGGAUGUCUUCAGUAUUCUUUUAUUUCUAUUGUUCUUAUUUGCAUCGUUACACUAAUCGUUAGUCUCUUUACUAUGUAUUACUAUGCUGAAAUCUUGUUGCUAUAUAGCCUCGUCCUGAUUGGUUUUAUUCUGCUUUUAAUAAUAGCUGCAUUCAUCUUCUCAAAAACUCAUCAUUUUCAUUUUCAUCACUACACUUGGGGUUUUAUGUUGAUGGUUCUCUGAGGAUACCAGCACAUAUAUGUCUCCAUACUGGGAGCCCUAACUGCUGGAAUAACUAUCGAAGGAAUAUCGAGAUGGGGCUUUGAUCCUUGGUGGAAAAAGAAGAAUAAGACCUAGC